CAAAUCCCAAUAUUCCAAAGUAAUGUGAUACCAACAUGCUUUUGGUGGGCCUCUCCCUUCGCUGUCUGCCCAUUCUUCACACUGGUACAGUGAUUGAGCAAAUGAAGCCCACGAGCGGCCCUGCGAGAAGAAUGUCGACACCUGGAGGUUGCUGUAUCCUCGUGCUGCUCCACUCUUCAACCAACGUACCGUCCAGACAUUUUCAAGAACAACGAGAAGGGACCAUGGCUGUCGACUAUCGUGAUCCGCCAACACUAGUAUUUCACGUACAGCUGCAGCUGCCCGGGGAUGUUUGCGCUCCGUGCAGUGCCAUGCAGUGCCAGUGUGCGCGGUCCUUCGCGCAGCCUGAGCUUUCAAGUUGAAGCCGGUGGCAGCCCCACAAUAAUGGCAACUGGCAUAGGACAACUUCAUGUUGAAAGCUUGCAGUGCACAAGCCCAAGCAAGCAGAUCCUUCCUGUCAUGACUUUCAAAUGCAUCCUCAGCUGCAUUUGCAUAUGGAGAUGCAAACGACGCAUCGAUCAAUGCAAAAGAAGGUCUCGGCGAGAUGACCUCGCUUCAUUUGUACCUGGGACUUUGCCAAACAGAGAGAGGUACAGGAUUUUUGCAUGGACUGCUAACCCAGCAAUGGGCCAUCUCUCAUCCUGCAGAGGAUGACCGUGCGGCGUCAUGCUCCAACUGCUUGCCAACGAGGGGUCUUCGCUUUGAGCCCGUCUUUCCAGCAUCUUCAUACGAGUGACAGACGUGCAGUGUACUAGUACUCUCUCAAAAGAAGUCUUGAUGUUCCAGCCAGCCAGCCUUGCAGCCAUCACUGUGAUACUGCAGCCAGCACGCCACCGCAGUAAUGACCCUCACAGCUCGCGACUGUGUGCGCCACCAAAGGGACGGCCGGAGAUUGUGAUGCGGUUCCAUUGCAGGCCAACCGCUGCAGGAGGGUCGUCGCGGACAGUGAAAACAGUUAGCUACGGUAUCAGUUCAGAUCAUGCGGGUUGGACUUCAGGCGCAGGCACGUCCGAAAGGUGUGGCUUUGCCCGGCUAUAAGUAUCUGAAAGAUGCUCGGUCUCUGCAGAAUUCUAUUGCUCUCAGUUCAACCUAUCCAGUCUCUUGAUUAGUUCAGCCAUGGCUGACAACCCUGCACCGCCUUCAGCCAUCGCCGCUGCAAGGGAGGCGUAUGUGGACCGGUUCGAAGUAAUGUUGGAGUUGUAUGAUCAGCUUGAUUCUAAGUUGACGGACCUGGAAACCCAAUCCACCGCAGCUGGCAAGAAACUGGAUGAAUUGUACAAUACACUUGAAGCCCACCUCAAUCGCACGAGGAUAGCCUCGAGAGCCAGCUCCCUUGUAUCCGUUAUAGGCAUUAUCUUGUCUCUCACGCCGGCUGCACCCGUGGGUAUCCCUUUGGCAAUUGCCGGCGGAGCCAGCGGUAUUGCGAUGAGUGCUACGGAGCAUUUCAAAUUCGAGAAAGAUGCAGCCGAGGGAUUUAAGGAAGUCAUGAAAAAUUAUGCUACUGCGUUCGAAGCUUUGGAAAAGCAUUUUCAGGAUAUUCAGGAUAACGAGUCGAAUUUGCACGAAUCCCUCACAAGCUUUCUAACUCUACUCGCUACGACCCCGACACCUCCUCGAGUGAAGCCAGAAGUUCCAUCCGGUCCAGGUAUCAGACCUCCCAGGGUUCCCUAUGCUGCGAAUGGGUUCAGUAAAAUGGCUUUUCAUGGGCUUGUCGUGGGCGCGGCUGGAGUGAAACCUCUGGCGACAUUGGCCUUGAAAGGCGGCGCAGAGUUUGGUAAAUUGCUAGGCAAAGGUGGCGGCCUUCUGUUGAAAGCUUCACCGGUGUUCAAAGUGCUUGGUAAAGUCUUGCCAGUUGUGGGUAAGGUCUUGCCAGGUGUGAGUAUCUUCGUUGAAGGGUAUUCAAUCUUUGAAACCUGGAAAGUGAACAAUGAGACUUUGGAGCAAGACAAGAAACUCAAGGAUGAUAUCUCUGGCCACGCCAUGUCCGUCCGUGAGGCUGUUCGGAAGUACAAGUCAUCUCUGGAGGAACAACUCGGAAACCAGCAGUUGCGAAAAACUCUUCGAAAGCUGUUGAGACUUCGAAGGCCUCCACCUGGUCCACCCCCAGGUGCUGAUAAGCUUGCAUGUGCGAUGCUUGCCGCUAUGGAUCAGUUUAAGGGCCUGGGAUUCUGGGUCUUUGGGCUAUUAAUGGGCGAAGAGCACGAAGAUCCAACUCAGAACGACUACACAACUGAUCUGGUCGGUGUACCGGAUGUGGAACAACUCGGUCAGAAAGCGUUGUGCGCCCCAGUUGUCGAUUCGGUGUUUGUCAGGUAUUCUGAAAUAGUGCCUCCUACUGACAAAGAGGGCGCGGGAGAUGACCAGAAGCCCCUUCAAAGUACUCUGGGAGCUUUCAGAGCUAAUUGUGACUGGGUCGAUAUCGGCGAUACCUAUGUGUUCAAUGUCAGCGGAACUCAAAAGGACAAACGGGCUGGCUCAUGGAUUAAGUAUUGGAAGUCGUGGUUAUACGACUGCGUGCGAGGCGGCUGCGUUCCUCAGCUUUGCAAAAUUCUCGAGCCUGGGAGUCACUCUUGGCUUAAGCCUCUGCUGGGUGGGCAUUUGCAAUUGGCAGCUGAUGGAGCAAGUCCGCGCCAUUGGUAUAUUCUGCCGAUAUGUCCUGCCCAUAAUGCUCCCUCGGGAACAUACGAUCGGAAGUGGGGUGGAGGAGGAACGCCUAUGCUAACCAAACAGACAGCUUGGGCAGUUAAGAUACCUGCCAUGAGGUUUUAGAUUAGAAUCGACUAAGUAGUCCAUAGCUGUACCUUUGGUGUUGUGUAGAGCGAGAAAAUAUCCCG